AUGGACUUCCAGCCAAUCAUAUUACUCACAUUGGUUCCUCUGUUCUUCAUUCUUCAGAUUUUCUUUGGACCAUUUCAUCCUAUCCUGAGUGAUAAUGUCCGAUUUCCCCAUGUCUACCAGAUAGCACACAAGGAUCCAUGUUUACCUCAUGCCAUGGUUUCUUUAAUGGUUUAUUUUACAUGGAACUGGAUAGGGUUGCUCAUUUUGGAUAAUGACCAGGGAACUCAGUUUCUCUUGGAUUUAAGAGAAGAGAUGCAUAGAAAUGGAGUCUGUUUAGCCUUUGUGAAUGUGAUCCCUGAUAGCAUGCAGACAUACAUGACCAGGGCUGAAAUAUAUGAUACUCGAAUCAUGACAUCUUCAGCAAAGGUUGUUAUCAUUUAUGGUGAAAAGAACUCUAACCUAGAAGCCAGCUUCAGAAGAUGGAUUGCUUCAUUGCUGAAGAAGAGGGUAUUCACUAAUCCUGUCGGAGAACUGGUGAACAUGAAUCUAAGAGAAAACCUGAGUGCAGAAUAUGAGAUUUUCAACAUUUGGAAUUUCCCUCAAAGCUUUGGACUAAAGACGAAAAUAGGAGGUUACUUCCCUUAUUUCCCAAAGAGUCAACAACUGCACAUAUCUGAAGACUUGAAGUGGGCCAUGGGAGAAACACCGGUACCCACAUCUACAUGCAGUAUGAUCUGUACCCCUGGAUUCAGGAGAUUUCAUCAGGAACAGACACCAGACUGCUGCUUUAAUUGUGUUCAGUGCCCAGAGAAUGAGGUAUCCAAUGACACAGAUCUGGAACAGUGUGUGAGCUGUCUACCUGAUGAGUAUGCCAACACAGAGCACACACACUGCCUGAAAAGGCAUCUCUCCUAUCUGGCCUAUGAAGACCCAUUGGGAAUGGCUCUUGCUUGCAUGUCCCUGUGUUUCUCUGUACUCACAAGUCUUUUAUUUGGUACUUUCGUUAAAUACAGUGACACUCCUAUUGUGAAGGCCAACAACCGCAAUCUCAGUUACAUCCUACUAAUCUCCAUCACACUCUGUUUCCUCUGUGCUUUGCUUUUUAUUGGGCAUCCUAACAUGGGUACCUGCAUACUGCAGCAGAUCACAUUUGGUGUCUUUUUCACAGUGGCUUUAUCUACUGUCUUGGCCAAGACAAUUACUGUGGUUCUGGCUUUCAAGAUUACUACUCCAAGAAGAAGAAUGAGAUCAAUGUUGAUAUCAGGGGCACCUAACUUUGUCAUUCCCCUCUGUACCCUGAUCCAACUUGUUCUCUGUGGAAUCUGGCUAGCAGUAUCACCUCCUUUUAUUGAUACAGAUACACAGUCUGAACAUGGGCAGAUCACCAUUGUGUGCAACAAAGGCUCAGUCAUUGCAUUCCUUCUAUUUCUUGAAAACAUAUUCUCACACCAAGCUUUAUAA